AUGUGGGAGUGUGUCAGGAGAGCUGUGCUGCACUCCCUGUCCACGGUCCUCCUGCGCCUCUGGAAGUGGGUGCGGGCUUUCUGGUACAAGAAUGGCCUCUUGACCCUCUCGAUGCUGUCGGUUGCCACCGGGUGCCUCCUGGGGUUCCUGCUGCGGACGCUGGAGCUGACGGACCUGGAGAAGCAGUAUUUUUCCUUUCCUGGAGAGCUUCUCAUGAGGAUGCUGAAGAUGCUGAUCCUGCCCUUGAUCACCUCCAGCCUCAUGUCUGGUUUGGCCACCAUGGACUCCAAGGCCUGUGGGAAGAUGGGGGUGAUCACCAUCACCUACUACCUUUGGACAACCUUCAUGGCAGUGACUGUGGGGAUCAUCCUCGUGGUCAGCAUCCACCCUGGGGCAGCUGCCCAGAAGGACAAUGACACUGUGGGGAAGGUGGUGCUGAGCUCCGCUGAUGCACUGCUGGAUUUGAUCAGAAACAUGUUUCCUUCUAACCUGGUUGAAGCUUCAUUCCAGCAGUAUCGAACCGUUCUUGUCCCGGUGGUGAAGUCUCCCGGCUCCCCAAAGGUCCCAGGGAAACCUGUCAACUUUAUUUACUUCGCACCCGACGACCAAAACCCCGAAAUCCAUCGGCCCGUGUUCCUCGAGCUGACACCAUCCCCUGAGAUGACCUACAGGACCCUGGCUGGGACCAGCAACGAGAUGAACGUCCUGGGGAUCGUCAUCUUCUCAGCAACAAUAGGACUCCUCCUGGGAAAAAUGGGCGAGCGAGGAGCCCCCCUGGUUAACGUGUGCCAGUGCCUGAACGAAGCAGUUAUGAAAAUUGUCUCGAUGGCCGUUUGGUACUUCCCCUUUGGCAUUGUGUUUCUCAUUGCUGGAAAGAUCCUGGAGAUGGAAGAUCCGUCGGUUAUAGGACAGAAGCUGGGACUGUAUGUCAUUACAGUGGUGUCAGGGCUUGCCGUGCACGGACUCGUCAUUUUACCUCUGCUUUUUGUGCUCAUAACUAAGAAAAACCCCUUUGCUUUCAUUCAGGGGAUCCUGCAAGCCUUGCUGAUCGCCUUAGCUACAUCCUCCAGCUCAGCCACCCUGCCCAUCACCCUCAAGUGUCUCCUGGAGAACAACGGCAUCGACAGGCGCGUGGCGCGGUUCGUGCUCCCCGUCGGUGCCACCAUCAACAUGGACGGCACCGCCCUCUACGAGGCCGUGGCUGCCAUCUUCAUCGCCCAGGUCAACGAGUACGAACUGGACCUGGGACAAAUCAUAACCAUAAGCAUCACGGCCUCGGCCGCCAGCAUCGGCGCCGCCGGGAUCCCGCAGUCCGGGCUCGUCACCAUGGUCAUCGUGCUCACCUCGGUGGGGCUCCCGACUGAGGACAUCACCCUCAUCAUCGCCGUCGACUGGGCUCUGGACCGGUUGCGGACGAUGACCAACGUCCUCGGGGACGCCCUGGCCGCCGGGAUCAUCGCACACGUCUGCGAGAAGGACUUUGCCCCAAAGCCCCCCCCGCAGAAGCCAGUGAACAACAUAGACAAGCUUCCCUCCACAGAGACCUCACACCCGCAUCCCAAAGGCAAUGUGAUUGAAAUGAUUGAAGAGACCCUGGUGGAUCCAACAGGAGUUCACUACAGCAUCUGCCAGGUGUAGCUGACGGCAUUCCUGCUCCCAGGAAUGGCAUCUUGGUGCUAAACACUGACAUUGGGAGUGUCGUAUAUGGAUGCUCUGCAAGAUAAAGGCCUUACUUGGCACAAAAAGUGGGAAAAUCCUCUCUA